AUGGCUACCGAUCUUGAUUCUCCCAAACGCCAAAUCACUCCCAUACCCGUCCCCGUCCUUCCAAUUUCCGUUCCCCAAAAACGACCUCUCGAGGACGACCACGCGCCUCCCAUUUCCUCACCUCUCAACCCCAAUCCCGAUAUAAAGCCUAGUAAAGCACAAUCGUACGACGAUUCGACCGCCAUGGCGCGUGAAAAGCCAGCUAGAAAUAAAAAAGAUGCCGUCAAGAAGCGAGAGUCCAAAGCUGGUAUUGGUACCGACAGCUCUAGAGCAACACCAGAUCCGAAAGUCAAAGAGCUUCCGCCCAGCGAAGCAUCGCCUCUGCGUUAUAAGUUAGCGCCCCCGAAACCUGCCGACUUCGAGACUGCUAGAGGUCCUGUUUUCGUCCCUCAUCAUGAGGUUCCUGCUCUUGACGGAUCUACCAUUCAAUUCUACCAGACUCAGGAACAUGUCUACAAUAAGAAGAGCUUUCAUUAUUUACACUGCAUCGCCGACCCGACCUUCCCCUCGUCCUUUUACUACCGACAAACCGAGCCGGAACCCUUUGGUGCCCAUAUCAGCUUCGAGGAUGCUGCGACGCAUAUGUACAUGGACCAAUUAGGACGGCAUAUUACCACGGACAAGGGAUUCAGAACCGCAAGAGCUAAUGUUGCCAUUCGCCAGGGCCGAUGGUAUUGGGAAUGCAAGAUUACAAGAGGUGUUCUCAAGAGCAACACAGAUGGAAGUGCCGAGUCGCAUGGCCACGUACGUAUAGGAUUUGCAAGACGAGAAUCUUCCCUGGACGCGCCUGUUGGGUUUGAUGCCUAUAGUUACGGUAUUCGGGACGUGCAAGGCCAAAAGGUUCAUAUGUCGCGACCAAAGGAUUUCUUUCCCCCAGGUGAAGAUAUCAAGGAAGGCGACGUGAUCGGACUUGAGAUUCAGUUGCCCUCGGAGCAUCUACACCGAAAGGUCGUCCAAGGCCUGUACAACCCAGUUGUAGAUGCUGCAGACGAAGAAGAGCCGACUGCGGAAGCGGCCAAUAUUGUUCGAGACCGAAUACCCAUCCGUUUCAAGCAGCACAUCUACCUCGAAAAGAUUGACUAUCACACUACUAAGGAACUUGAGGAUCUGAUGAACCCGUCGCCCGCCGGUCCUUCAGGCACGAUAGGCAGUAGACCCGGCGACAAACCGAACCCCAAUCAUCAAGUCCCAGCUCUUCGAACGCUCCCCAAUUCUCACAUCAAGAUUUAUAAAAAUGGUGUGCUGAUGGGCACGCCAUUCACUGACCUUCUGGCUUUCCUGCCGCCGGCCUCGAAGCCUCAAGCCCAGAUCGGCACGCGCGAGGGCAUGGAUGAUGGCAUGGCCGGAUACUAUCCCGCAAUCAGCGUGUUCCGGGGUGGCGCUGCCGAGGUCAACUUUGGACCAGAUUUCUGGUACCCUCCUCCCGAUAUCCUAGACGUGGAAGGGGACGGUGAUGUUGAGAUGGUGGACGUCGAUGCAGAUACGGUCCGAGUAGCAACGACCUCGACCGCGAACACGAAGCUGGAUAAGGUUCGGCCAAUAGCAGAGCGGUAUGACGAGCAGAUCGUGGAAGAUGUGGUGGCGGAUGUUGUGGAUGAGGUCGACUUCUGGAUGCAGGACGGGGCACGCGUAAUCGACCGCACCGGCGGCCGCGAUGCCAAGGCCGAGACCACGGCAGGCAUCGCCCCGGGUCGUGAGGAGAUCAAGGAACUCGUGCAGGACGAUUAG